ACUUUCCUGUUGCAGUGGGAGUUUGUUUCAGUUGCUUCGACAUAACCCUCCUGCAUUAGAUUGGAAACGGCGUGUUCUCAUGGCUUUGGACAUUGCACGAGGUUUAAAUUAUCUUCAUUGUUACAACCCACCAAUCGUUCAUCGCGAUGUGAAGUCCUCAAAUCUGUUGGUUGAUAAUAACUGGCAUCUCAAGGUUGGGGAUUUUGGGCUCUCGCGACUCAAACAUGCAACCUUCUUGACAACAGAGAACGGGAAUGGAACGCCACAAUGGAUGGCUCUAGAGGUUAUACGUAAUGAGCCGGCCGAUGAGAAAUCUGAUGUUUAUAGCUUUGGAGUUGUAUUGUGGGAGCUUGCCACCAAAAAAAUUCCUUGGGAUGGUCUGAUCCCAAUGCAGGUAAUUGCCUCUGUAGGGUUCAUGGACCAACAUAUUGAGAUCCCAGAAGAUACCGACCCAAAAUGGGCAUUUCUCAUCAAGACUUGCUUGCACAGUGACCCAAAAUGCCGGCCAACGUUUGGGGAGCUGCUUGAAAGAUUGAAUGUUAUGCGAAGAUAUUAUUUUGCUCAAAACCCCAGGUAAGUUUCUUCUUAGCAUGGGAGUGGCAGUUAAAGUCAAUAUCGGUACCACAUAUUUGGAUACGAGGUUGAUCUCUACAAGCAUGCCAUACCUGUAAAUGCAUCCUCUGAUCGUAGUAUCAGUAUGGCUUCACCUAGGAAACCAGUUCGGUUUUUUUGUAUUUAUUUAUUUGCAAAACCAGUCUGGCAGUUAAAGUCAAUAUCGGUACCCCACAUUUGCAAAACCAGUCUGGCAUGCCAUACCUGUAAAACCAGUUUGGCUGUCCGAAGAAGCACACAAAUUGUGAUGAUAUGGCUUUAAAAUUGGAUGUUGUAAUCAAAAGGAGUAGUUUGAUAUGAUUGAACUUUUUUUUUAUGUA